ACUUUCUUACCGACCCUACCUCCUCUUCUUGUGCUUGUGUUUUGCUCCCUUUCGUUUUCACUUUCUGUGUUUCAAUCGGAGCAAUGGAAUUGAAAGGUAUCUCGGGGAGUUUGAAGAAGUACUGGAUGAGAAGAAGGGUUAUGGGGUACCAAAGAUUACAUGGAUCGGAUCGAAGAAGGAUGAAAAGGGUGGAGGUAGGAGGCAGCCAAAGUAAGAGGAGGUGGCGAAUAAAGAUAGGCAAAAAGAUCAAGAUCCCAAAAAUCUCUUCCCCUAAGAAAUUAGUGUUGUGGGUCAGAGACGCUUAUAUGAGAAUGAUGUUGGGCUUUGCUAACUCCAUGAGUGUCUCUGCCACCGGCUACGGCGGGAACACCACUUCCAUCGCCGUGAGUGGGUUCGGGAGGGCCCCACCACCGAAGGAGUACGACGAGAAGAUGAUCGUACAUAUUUAUAAGUCAUUGAUUAUGGCACGAGACCCCAACGGUGGCACCGCAAUUGUUACCACGUUUUGAGUUAAGUAGAUUUAGUACCUGCCCUAUGCUGCCAUUCCAUGCAAACAUUUGCUACCUCUUCCACCUAUUAAGGCCAAACCUUUCUUCUCUACUUCUUCAAAA